UGAUACCGGCGCUUCAAGCGGAGCCCGGCACCGCCCCCGGGACCUCCCACUGAAUAGUACCACCCUAUCUUACUCUCCCUCCCGGUAUGGACGGCCGGGACUUUGUCCCCCCUCCUCACCUGAGUCACCGUGGAGCUGGCCGGAUGAACCCGCCUGCAGGCCACAGUGCGGUGCAGCACCCAGGACACUUUCAAGCCACCAAGUACUUCUCCUCCCCUCUCCCCAUGGCGACCCAUACUGCCAGCACCGGUUUGAUGGCGAACUCCUCCCCCUCCUUUAUGGGCAGUUUCCUGAGCAGCAGCCUGGGUUCACCGGCAGCGUCAGCGCACCCUGCGGCAGCCUCCUCCUCCCCAUCGGACACCACCUACAGGGGACCUCACGGGGCCAGCGCCUCCCAGAUCUGGUUCUCACACCCCCAUGAAGGUUAUCCCCGCUUCUCCACCUUCCUUCCCAUGAGCCACCUGGACCACGGAAAUGGCAACGUUCUGUACGGACAGCACCGCUUCUACGAAUCCCAGAAAGAUAACUUCUAUUUGCGGAACCUCCCACCACAACCCACGCUCCUCUCCGCCAACCACAACUUCCCCAGCAUCGCGCGGGCUGCUCCGGGUCACCCCAUUGGCUCCUGCAGUCGGGACAGAGAGAACAGCCACCUGCAGAAGGGUUCAAAGGACAAUGACCGCUAUAUGGGGGGCUCGGAGAUGCACAAGGAGAAGGUGGGCAAAGGGGACCUCAAAGAUCGGCACUUGGAGGACGAAGGCAAGGAAAGGCAGAAAGCGGUACUGCCCAUGACCAUGGACAGCCACUGCAAAGAGGACAUGCAUCAGAGGGGAUCGUGUGAGAACAGGACCAAGCAUUUAAACUCUUGCCUGAUGACCUCAAAGGUGCUAAACGGGGACCCCAGCAAAGCAUUGUUGUCGAGCUGCACUGUUGGGGCAGGGAUGCCUCGCCAAGGUAACCAGAAUCGAUGUGCCAAAGAAGUUAUGAGGUCCGAUCGGUCGUAUCCCCAACACGAGCCUCAGCAACCUUACAGCGAGUGCCUAGAGAGGAGGCAAAUGCUUCACCAUUCUGUGUCCUACACUGUCCCAUCCAGUCUCCCCAGCAUUCCUGCCCCUUUGAACACCUCCACCAGCUCCUACCCCUGUCUGCAGCUUCAUUCCAACUCGGACGUUGUGUGCUCUCUGCAGGAUAAGUCCGGCAGGGAGCUCAAGAUGGGCAGGCCCACGUUUGUGCCUUCCGUGGGGCACUUCACCGACAAAAGCCGGCCUUUUCAGGUGACCCCGGAGGGCUGCCAUAUAGACAGAGGAGGAGAGGGGAAGGACAAGGGCCAGGAAAUGAACACUGACCACCACCACCACCACCCUCCUUCCGGGUCUUACGCGAACACGUUCUCCCACUUAAAAGCCGAGGCGAAAGGGGAGAGGAGGCCAGAGUGGCCGCAGAACACAGCCGUCAGGAUCAAAAAUUUUGAGUUCUUAAAUAGCGGAGGUUCAGAGACUAUGCAGAGGAGCAUUGAAAAGGCGGCGUACUUUGAGAUGCCUACUCCACAAGACUGUCCUCGUCCUAACAACCAGGACUCCCACUGCAUAAAAACUAGCCAGUCCUGCUGCACUUUAGACAGGCCUACCAAGGACUCCCAGGUGCACAGCUCUCAAAAAGUGGCACGGAUACGGCACCAGCAGCACCGGCCAUCUGAAGGAGAGCAAACGGGAGGCAACCAAGAAGGAAGGAGGAAAACCAUUGAACUCAGCUCCUUGGGCUACAACGGACCUCACCUGUCGCCAUGGACAGAGUCACCAAUUUCCAUCGGUGAUGACAGAAAGAACUCUUACCUUGAUCCCUUCAGCACAAGUUUACAACAGGCUGCGCUAAUGACUCCUGGCCCCUCCUUGAGCCAGGAGAUGCAAGGGCCUACAGACGAGGUGUCCGCCAUGAAAAACCUGCUGAAAUACAGCAACCAAGCACUUAUCGUGGGUCAGCGGACACCCUUUGUGGGUUUGGGCAACAUGAAGACCAGCUGCUCCCAUCAAGAAAACAAGUUCCACGGCAACAACAAGUGCCAGCCCGAGCAAGAAAGGAUGGAUUGUGCCAGGAGUCGGGAGAACGAUGCCUCUCACGGGGAAGGCGAAGUCCGGCAGCCGCCAGUUGGCAUCGCUGUGGCGGUAGCGCGGCAGAAAGACACUACUGGCCGUCAUGAGUCAUCUUAUGGGACGGGGUCAAGUCGACAAAACAGAAAUAACAUGGGACAGAAAGGUUCUGGCCGACCCAUGCAUGUCAUUGACCUAGAUGCGGAGGAAGAACGGAGCCGACUUUGCGAUGAGAGGUUGGGUAUCCCGGGAAGAGACCUCCUAAUGCAGGAAAACAAGGACCUGGUGGAAUUUGCCAGAAUUCAUCCUUCUGGUGGCUGUCCGGGAGACCUAACACCUCAUCUUAUGAUAGCGGGAGGCGCAAGCCAACUCGGAGCCGAUCCUACGCCCCAUACGCAUCCUACCCACCCGCACUGGCUGCCCAGAACGCGGAGCCCCUCUAUCUGGAUGGGCGGCCAUUCAUAUGGUAUUAGUCACCCUGCUCUGCACCAGAAUCUGCCCCCUGGAUUUCCCCCUUCCAUGUCUAGUGCCAUGCAACCAGUGUUCCCCCUGUCGCAAGAACCUCCCGCCCAGCUGGUAAUACUACCUCCAGAGCCCUCUCCCCAUCCUGCUCCGCACUCCCUUGCUGAUGUCAUGGAUCAGGCGUCUCUAUGGCCGCCUAUGUACCCUGGCAGAGCACCCACCUCGCACCUCCAGCACCCCGGACAGCUCCCGGUCUACUCACGAUCGCAGUUUUUAAGGCAACAGGAACUGUAUGCCCUGCAACAACAGAGGGCGGCGCAGGCUCUGGAACUUCAGAGGCAAAGCCACCUCCAGCGGAAGCCUGAAGACCAUCUGCCAGAGUCAGAAGACCAUCCGGAAAAGGCCAUGAAGCAGCACAGUAAAGCAGACGCCUUAAACGCUUCAAAGACUCCUCCCAGCCUGCUACUGCCACCCCCUUCCGCCCCGGCACCGCCCAAGCUGUCGCCUUGCUCCCACUCGCCCAUCCUACGGCCUCCGUCCAAAUGCCCGACGCCCCGGCCACUGGCCCCAUGCACUUUACCAGCCGGCCCAGACGGCAGCUCUGCCUUGGUGCCCAGCUCUCCGGCUGUCAGUCCCGUGCCCGUUCAAAGCUCCAAAGGGAAAGAGGGAGAAGACAGGAGGGGAGAGGGGCAACCCCCCAGAGACUAUCCCAAAUCACUGGAACCAGAUCUGCCUCCCGGAUACACCUACCCAGAUGUCGUCCAGUCCUAUACCUCUCCGUCUCCCCGCCACGUGCACUCCGCGGACCCUGCUGACCCCGAAACUAUGCAAACGGCAUCCACGGCGGCAGAACCCGAGCAGUCCAGGACGUUUACCCCCUCCAAAAAAUCCCCCUGCAGCAUGUCCGUCAUGGAGGACCCGCUGGAGUCCAGCGAGGAGUUGCCCCGGUUAGGGGAGACGGACCUGAGCGAGCUAUGUAGCCAAGAAGCCCCGAAGUCCCCGGAGUGCGCGCAAGCCCCAAUUGGCGAGAGCCUGGACGAGCCUAAGGAAGACGCAAAGGCGGAGGAACCAGCGGAAUCUGAAACCGCCUCGGUCGAGGAGGAGGCGGCGGGAGGGCGCGAGGACCGUUGCGGCUUCCAGGCCGCGUCUACGGAACAGCUGCCAAAUGUUUUGGUGGGGUCACCCGCUGUCCCCGUCGCUGCCGAAGAGGAGGAGGACUUGAAGGGCGACGCUGUAGAUCAGGCGUUGUUACAGGACGUGGCGGAACAUUUGGAGAUGGGAGGAGCUCGGGUGGAAGAGGAGGAGCUGUUCACAUCUCCGGCACCUUGCUCGCCGCCGGUCACCGACCACCAAGAGCCCCUCUAUAGCCUGGAAGCCCUCAUAGCAGCCAGCAUCUCUCUGGGAGAACUGCCCUCCAUAGAGGACAAGGGGCCCUUCUGUCCAAUUGAAGCGUCGUCCUUACCCUCCAGCUCAGGGAUCCAUGGGAUUGCUCUACUCAGCGAGCUCGCAGACCUGGCUCUACAGGACCAGAGGAAAGAUUCGAAAGCCGGUGAAGAUGAUUUGUCGGUUUCCGAUCUUCAGGUCUUCGCUACCAUUGCUGCCGCCUGGUCUUUGGCCGAAGCCGAUACUCCGGAUGGUGCUAAACCAGCGUGUCACCUCGCCUGCUGCCCCGCCGCCGCUCCGCGCGUUCGGCUGUCCCGCAGGACAUACAGCUGGACGCCGAAAACAAAGCCGGUUUGUCCACUCAAGGCCGCCAUAGAUCACCUGGACACUCAGGAGGUGGAGAUGCGGAUGAAGUUGGCGGAGAUCCAGCGGCAGUACAAGGAGAAGCAGCGGGAGCUCGCCAAACUGCAGAGGCGGCACGACCACGAGAAGGAGGAGAUCUCCAGAAGCCCCGUGCGGAGAGGACCGGGACGGCCCAGGAAACGGCCGCACUGUCGCGCCCCCUCCUCGCACCGGCUGUACGAGAGCAAGAAAGCGAAAGCUCUUUAGAUAAUCUUGGAGCUUUCAAAGAUGCAGUUGCGCGGCGAUGGGGAACCGAAGAAGAAGAAAAGUAAAACAUCGGAGGAAAGCUACAGUGACGUCGAUCAUAAAGCGGUUAAAAUGCACUGUAAAAAGAUGGUCUGCCCUCAAAACAAGCUGGUGUCCAAACUGGCGCGGAAGGUUUCUCAGCUGAAGACCAAGGCACUGGCAUCCAGCGCUGGCGCUUUUCACCGCAAGGAGGCCCUUUCCCCCAGCAAGUUGCAGAAGAAGCUUCCGCACCAUAAAGGGUCCUGUCUGAAGGUCAAGGAAGGAGCGGAGCGGAAGGGGCAGGAGAGGUCGGGGGUCAGCUCGGAAGGGGCUGCUGAAGCAGAUGAGGACCACGAUGAGGACUCGGACAGUGACGAAGGGGAGCAGGACCUUCCCGGGCAUUCCAGCCACGAUUCCAGCUUGUCCAUGAGCACUCCUGGUAACUCUUCGCUGGUGGGUCCUUCAGCCUCUGCGGUGGUGAAGAUGGAGGCCAACCAAAAGGCCAAGAAGAAGAUAGAGCGGCAAGGACUACUAGGAUCAUGUGGCAUCACCAGCCCGGAGAACGAGGUCAAGAUCCGCAAGCGUUCGGGGAAAAUGGAAGCUCGGGCCCGUCCUGAUAAGACUCUGAAAAAGAAAUCUCUGAGCCACAAGGGGAAAUUGGAUGGAAAUCUCAAGCGCAAAUUGCCAUCUGACAACGGGACACUAACACCCAGCAAGGGCUUAUUCGGCACCCCAAACCAGGUCCUGAAGAAGGACAAGAAGUGUAAAAACAUCCAGAGAAAGAAUGGGGUUCUCAGCCUUUCCCUGACAUCACGAUCCCCUAAGAAUCUUCUGAAGGACGGGAUGAAGAUGGGGAGGAUGAAGUCCAAACAGGAGCGGGGCCGCGCGGUCAGUCGCCUCCUGCAGAGCUUUGCCGUAGAAGAUGACUUCCAGUUCGAUGAUAACAGCAGUUUUUCGGAGGGAGAAGAGGAGGCCAGCUCGACGGGCAAAAAGAAAUCUCACAUCUGCUCCUUGUCCAAGACGGACCUGAGGGAAGGUCUGCAGGUUCUCAUCCCCAAAGAGGACAACCUCAUGUAUGCAGCCAGCAUUCGAAGUUUGCAGCCCCCCGACAUAUACAGUGUUGUAAUAGAGGGGGAGAGAGGAAACCGACCUCGGAUCUACUCCCAGGAGCAGCUGUUACAGGAAGCGGUGAUAGAUCUCCGCCCUCAGUCAUCACGUUGCUUGCCGCAUGGAACGCGUGUCUGCGCCUACUGGAGCCAAAAGUCUCGAUGUCUGUACCCAGGGAACGUAGUGAAAGGCAUUAUCAGGGGGCCCUCCAGUGAUGAUGGGGAGUCGGACUCUGUGACUGUGGCGUUUGACGAUGGAGACCGGGGGAGAAUUACACUCAACAACAUCCGCUUGCUGCCUCCUGACUUCACAAUUCAGUGUACGGAACCCUCUCCAGCUUUACUGCUGUCAGCGGAAAGCCGUAGAACCAAGCGGUAUGCCAGCAACACAACAACUGCAUCGGACUCCUCGCAGAACCCAGGCUCGGACAACCGAGAGUCGGCAGACACCUCUAGAAACACUGGCAAGAAAACCGUGAACAAAGAGAAAGCAGAUAAAAUGGAUGUGUUCAACUCAGGUGCAAAGACUCCACUGCCUGCCUCCAACUUCUUAGGUCGCUCAAGCAGUAUGGAGCUAGACUGGCCUUCUCAAGGCAAGCGUCGAGCUGCAAACAAGACCGGCGGUGGGCUUAACGAUCCCUUCCCAUCCCAAGGGAGCAGCAAGAAGCAAAAGUCUCGGGAGCAGCCCCACGUGUUUGGUAAUGGUUUCGGAGCGGACUCUUUCAGUAGCCUGGCCAACUCCUACAGCCCCUUUGGAGGCAGCGCCAACAGCGGCAUUGCGGCAGGACAAAAGCCUAUAAGGACAAAGAAAGGGGAGAGGCCAGAGGAAGAGGACAAGGGCAAGGGGGGUAAACGCAAGUCAGGUAAUGAGUUUCUAGUCAAACUUGACCACGAGGGGGUUAUGUCCCCAAAAACUAAAAACGGUAAAGCUCUCUUGCUCUGCGACAAAGACUUUGGGCUCCGGAUCGGGCAAAGCUAUGGUGCUUCAUCGGGAUUGGCCAAGGACAAGAAACGGAAGCCACCUCUGCACGAGCACUUGUCCAUGGGCCUCGCACUUGGGAAGUACACUGGGCAAGGGGAAUAUGGCGUGAACUGUGACAGCGAUUGCUCAUACUCCGACCAGGAUGAGGAGGAUAACACGGGAGGACUAAGAGCAAGUGUUCCGUCUAGAUUUCUGGCAGGAAUAUCGGUGUCGUCUUCUUCCUCGGGGUCUUCUUCAUCUUCUAGUUCCGGCUCCAUAUCCAGCUCCAGCAUAUGCUCUACGGACAACGAGGACUUUUCGGAGAGUUCAGACGAAGCAGACUCUGCCAUGCUUUUGCAGCCCUGCCUCACUCACCCGGUGCCCGCUUUGUUAGCGCAGCACGCGGAGGAUGGCGGACAAGGGUCCCGGGGUUGCUUUGUCUCAGGACAAAAAGCCAAACAGAGGAGGAAAGGGACCCCUUCAAAUUUUCCUAAAACCAAAGAGCCCCUAUCCAGACAGCAACGCCUGCCCUCCGUGGAAAACCGGCCAAAGAUUUCCACCUUCCUGCCCGCACGUCAGCUCUGGAGGUGGUCUGGAGAGCCUACCCAGAGACGGGGAAUGAAAGGAAAAGCCAGAAAACUCUUCUACAAGUCGAUCGUGCGGGGGAAGGAGACAUUGCACGUGGGUGAAUGCGCCGUUUUCCUGUCGGCCGGGCGCCCAAACCUACCCUACAUCGGACGCAUCGAGAGCAUGUGGGAGUCCUGGGGCGGCAAUAUGGUGGUGAAAGUCAAGUGGUUUUACCAUCCCGAAGAAACGAAACUGGGCAAAAGGCACAGCGAUGGCAAAAACGCAUUGUACCAGUCGUCGCACGAGGAUGAAAAUGACGUACAGACAAUCUCACACAAGUGCCAGGUGGUGAGCCGCCAGCAGUACGAAAAGAUGAGCCACAGCAAGCGCUACCAGGACCGGCAAAACCUCUACUACCUGGCGGGGACCUACGACCCGGGCACCGGGAGGCUGGUGACCGCGGAGGGCGUGCCAGUGCUGUGCUGAAAUGCCACACGAGAGUUAACUGGGAAGGGGGGAGGGGAGGGGGAUAUCACUCUUACUAGACAGCACUUC